AUGGAAGCUGUUAAGCGAUUCUUCUCUUCCCCGCGUUUUGCCGUCGCGGGUGCCAGCAAUGACACCCAUAAAUUCGGCUACAAGAUCCUCGCAUGGUACCACCAGCACUCGUUACCAGUCACACCCCUCAAUCCCCGAGCUGCGCAGAUCUCCCUCCCAUCGCGUGCUUACGAUACUGUCCCCUCACCAAGUGGACUCCCUUCGCCCACCCAGACUUCAUUGUCUGUUGUGACUCCUCCAGCAGUGACCCUAAAGUUACUUCAGGAAGCCCAUUCUGUAGGUAUUCCUGCCGUGUGGCUGCAGCCUGGUACCUUCGACGACGCUGUCCUUGAUUUUGCGCGGGGUCAUUUUGAGGCGGUGAUUGCGGGCGAUGGUGGAUUAGGUGGAGAAGGCUGGUGUGUGUUGGUGGAUGGAGAUGAUGGACUUGAUGCGGCUGGCGUUCGAUGGACUAGCCAGCGACUGUAA